GAGAGUUUUGUGGGAAAUAAGCUUUAUGCUCCAUGAUUCUUGUUGAAUACGCUGCGCCGUAAACAGAUCGGGUUAUAAAGCCAAAAGGAAGGUUAAUUAAAGAGUGAUUGGAUAAUAAAUCAAAUAUGUUUUACCAUAUUUCUUUGGAACACGAAAUCUUACUACACCCCAGAUAUUUCGGUCCCAAUCUACUGAACACCGUGAAGCAGAAGCUUUUCACAGAAGUUGAGGGUACCUGUACUGGCAAGUAUGGCUUUGUCAUCGCAGUCACCACUAUUGACAACAUUGGGGCGGGUGUGAUCCAGCCAGGCAGAGGUUUUGUCCUCUAUCCAGUGAAGUACAAGGCCAUCGUGUUCCGCCCGUUUAAAGGAGAAGUGGUGGACGCUGUGGUCACUCAGGUCAACAAGGUUGGACUGUUCACAGAAAUAGGUCCCAUGUCUUGCUUCAUUUCUCGCCACUCCAUCCCAUCAGAAAUGGAAUUUGACCCCAAUUCUAAUCCACCUUGCUACAAGACAGUUGAUGAGGAUAUUGUAAUCCAGCAAGAUGACGAGAUCCGGCUGAAGAUUGUGGGAACAAGAGUGGAUAAGAAUGACAUUUUUGCUAUUGGAUCUCUCAUGGAUGAUUAUCUGGGUCUUGUGAGCUGAGUUGUCUCAGUGAAGCACACAUCUCAGGCUGUACAAACCUACACUUGCUGAUUUAAAAUUUUUUUUUUGUUUUUCUUUUUUCUUUUUCAAAUGUAACGUUAAAACCUAAAGUAACGUUGUGAUCGGAAUAGAAGUUUAUAAACUAAAGUGGCAUUCCACAUGAAGUUUCUUUAUGCUGACUGUACUUAUUUUGUUUUGUGUGCUAGGUCUGUAAUAAAGUAUUUUUUAAGUUUUUAAACA